UGUUAGUUGAACACCGGCCGCUCCAUACAUAUAAUAUUUAAUAAAUAAUAGUGAGCUAACGUGGGCGGGAUCAAAACAAUGGGAUUCUAUGAACUCAUGUGCUAAAUUUUAUUUUGCUCAUAUUAUUGACUGUUUCGUAAUAUUAAAACUAUAUUUUUUAGUGAAUUUAAGUGAAAGUAUCUAAUAAAAAAUAUUAUAAGCUAAUUUAAAUUGGUGAUAAAGCUUGCUUAAUUAAGCUAAGACAAUGACAGCUUCUACUAUGAUUGAACUGGAGUCCUGGAUAAUUUAUCAAUGUGUUUUAAAUGAGUGCCAUGUAUCCAGUUCAUGAGCUGGAAAUAUAGUCGCCGAUUUUCUUUUGCCUCGAGUAUUUUUAAGUUUUCUUCAUGGUAGCCACUUCUAUGGAGGGCGGUGCGUGGUGCGCCCGCGACAUAUCACUGCGCGCGCAGAAGAAGUUCCUAUCGCGUGUCGGUGGCGCUGCCAGCGCGCGCUCACUUGUGCUUGACGAGCACGCUGCUAAGCUCCUUGAUCAGUUUUUGACCGUUCUCCGUCAACGAAUAGAGAAGCGAGAGGCUGAAAAAUUGGUAAAGCACGUAAUCAAGGCGGCCGUGAAGUUGGGAGUUCUCCGUCGUCAUGGACAAUUAUCGCCGGCCGAUGACCGCGCUUUGGAUGCCUUCAGAUCUAAGUUUCAUACGGUAUUAAUGGCUAUAGUGUCAUUUUCGGAGGUGGAGUUUUCCUACGACCGAGGUUUUCUACAAGAUGCACUCCGUGACUCACACCAGUCGCUCAAAUCAGUAGUGGAGCGUCAUUUGUCAGACAAGUCAGUAUCGCGCUUGGCUGGAAUCUUUGCUCUUGCCUCCCGCGAGGAUCUCUUGGACUCUCUCUUCGCUGGACAAAUAGAUGAGGGAGUGCUCAAACUCACCAGAAUGCUCCGGAAAGAACUGGAUAAAGGCUGGCUUUAAGCUUUUUCUAUUGAAACCGUGUGCCGUCCUUUUGGCUACCUUGGCUUCGAAAGCUCAAUGGAUAUGGUGAAGUGGCGAUGCCUAGGGGAUUUUCCCCAACGUUUGGUUCGUUUAUGGCUUUUACGGGAUAGACAAUUGUAUUUAUAAAGGAAAGAUGGUGGUUUAAUCUGGCAUCGUUCUGAAGAAUUUAAGAUCAGAUAUGACAGAAAAACAAUAUAGACACAAAAUAGAUUAUAGUCUAUCGUCUCACGAGCAAUGAAAAGUGGCUGAGACCGAGAAAGUCAUGAAAAUAGUUUAAGGACGUCUUCUUUUCUGUGGUAAUAUUAGCAAAAGACAACAUUUAUAUUUUUGAAUUUAGAAUACGCUCUAUUAGACGUAUUCUAAAUUUGAAGACCUCAGAACGAUGAAUCUAGAAUCACAGAUAAUCAUUUAGGCCAGAACAACAAUGAGUAUUUAAAUAGUCUAUCCUCUAUGGUUUGUGAAGGAGAUUGAUAUUGUGUGAAAAGAGAAUACAUAUCUCUAUUUACCAUUAGUAACGUAUUGGUGUUGCCAGGCACGUUUUUUUAUAACGUAGUAUUUAAUUGCACUUGCAAAAAUAUUUUUAUUUGUUGGUCAUGACAUCUACUUACUUUUCUUUGUGA